GCUGCGUGUCUCCCCCGAGACAGGUAGCAGCUCUCUGAUUUGCUUCCUGGCAUUUGACUCAGCUUUUAUGGUAAUAAGACAGCCUCUGUUUUGAAACAAGGAACGAUCCUUCUAAAUGUAACUCCUAUUGUGUGGAUGCUUUCGGACAUAGAGGAAAACACUGGCAAAAAUACACAAAACUCCUUUUAAAACACAAGAACAUCCUCCGUUGCAGUAUCAGUCAGCGACUCCUUUUCAUCCCCCCGGGUGAUUGCGACUGGGAGUGGCAUUUGCUUCAUGUGAGCUGGGAGCCUCUAGCGCCGGGACUCAGAGUGGAUGCAGCGGCUGGUCUGAGAUGCUCUACUGGCUGAGGGAGGAAGAGAUGUCUCUGCAGGAGCUCCAGCAGCGGGUGGACUGUGUCAUCACCCAUGUCGAUGAAAUAAUGCAGCAGGAGAUCAGACCCCUGCUCGCAAAGGACAUCAUUGAGCAGCUCAGAAGGGAGUUUGCCUUGUUGUCAGGGGGAAGAGGAAAAGAUGGAGCUCCGAUAAUCACAUUCCCGGAAUAUUCUGGUUUCAGCGAUCUUCCAGAUGAAGACUUCCUCAAUGUUGUCACAUAUCUGACAAGCAUUCCCAGUUUGGAUGCAGCCAGCAUUGGAUUUAUUAUAAUCAUAGACCGGCGCAGGGACAAAUGGAGCUCUGUGAGAACCUCGCUCACCCGGAUAGCGGGGGCGUUCCCAGGAAACCUUCAGCUGGUCUUGGUGCUGCGGCCGUCUCGCUUGAUUCAGAGAGCGAUAGCCGACAUCGGCAUCAGGAUGCAUCGUGACGACUUUAAAAUGAAGAUCAUCAUGCUGAAUUCCGUCUCGGAUUUGCAUGGCUACAUCGAUAAAGCUCAGCUAACGUGUGAACUGGGUGGGAACUUGGAGUACUGCCACAAGCAGUGGAUCAGCCAUCGGACAGCCAUAGAGAACUUUGCAGUGACUGUGAAGACCACAGCCCAGAAGCUGCAGAAAUUUGGCACGGACUUGGCCGAGACGGAGCUCCCCAAUGACGUACGGUGCACCAAAGAUCUUCUGGCUGCCCACACUGAGAAACACGACAAGCUCAAGGAAGAGCUUGAACACGCUGUAAAGGAAGGACUGACCCUGCUGUCCUGUAUUAGAGAACAAGCAAAGAAGAACCCAAACAAUAAACUCAACCCUGAUGAGACUGAGAAUGUAAUAACUGUAGAGAGGUUGCUGGCACAGCUAGACGAGACAGAAAAUGCCUUUGAGGAGUUCUGGUCCAAACAUCACCUGAAGCUUGAACAGUGCUUGCAGUUACGCCACUUCGAGCAGGACUUUCGAGAUGUCAAAGUGUCACUGGACAGUCUCAUGGCGACGCAGGCGGCCCUCAGUGACAUCGGGGACUGUGUCACGCGUGUGGAACAGCUGCUGAAAGACCUCAAGUCCUUGGAAGAGAAGGCUCAGGAAUCCUUAGAGAGGGCACAGAAGCAUGCUCUGCAUGGUGACCAGCUGAUACAGAGCAAUCACUACGCCGUUGACUCCAUCCGGCCCAAGUGCGUGGAGCUGAGGCGAAUUUACGAUGACUUUACCAAUGAGGCCAAACGGAAAUACGACAUACUGGCGAAAUCCCACGAAAUCCAUAAACUGAUGGAUAAGGUGAACCACUGGUGUGAGUCCGGCGUGUACUUGCUGGCGUCUCAGGCUGUGGACAAGUGUCAGUCUCAGGAAGGUGCUGAGGCUGCUCUUCAGGACAUCGAGAGAUUCCUGGAAACCGCAAAGGAACACCAGCUGACAUACCUGAAGGACCUCUACAACCAGUAUGAGAUUGUACUCACAGCUGAGGUCAAGAGCAAUGUGCGGAAGUCCCUGCAGAGGCUCGAGGAUGUACAGGAGAUGUUUGAGAAAAGACAUGUCAGUCUGAAAAAGUUGUCUGCCAAGCAGACCAGGCCUGUGCAGCCAGUUGCCCCUCGGCCAGAGUCUUCCCCAAAACGGUCCUCACCCAAGGCUCCUCGGACAACCGGCCAUCCACCAAACCACAGGGUUACAGAGAAGACCAACCCUCCAAAGCAACCUGCCGAUACUGAUUUGGCAAAAAAGAAAAACAUCCGCAAAUCCAAAGGCAUUAAGGCCUUUUGUAUAAACGAGAUGGCAGAUGCAGCUUUUGAAGACCUUGCUUUGAAAUGUCACUCUCCUGGUAUUGAAGUCAUGCAUGAAGCCAGCCAGGGAGGAUCGAGUCACGCAGUAGUGUCGAAUGAGACAGAAGAAACUUUGUCAAGCAGAAGAAGACACAUCAUGAAUGAGCUGAUUGAAACAGAAAGACUGUAUGUUGAAGAGUUGCAAAGCAUCAUAGAGGGCUAUGCUGCUGAGCUGGAUAACUCUGAGCUAUCCCAUCUAGUGCCAGCAGCUCUUGAGAACAAAAAAGAAGUCCUGUUCGGCAACCUUCCAGAAAUCUAUGAGUUUCAUAAGAGGACAUUUCUGAAAGAGCUUGAAAACUGCAUGGAAAAUCCAGAAAUGGUGGGAACAUGUUUUUUGAAACAGAAAGAAGACCUGCAGAUCUAUGAAAAGUACUGUCAAAACAAGCCGCGCUCUGAAGCUCUGUGGAGGCAGUGUGGGGAUAGCACUUUCUUCCAGGAAUGUCAGAAGAAGCUGGACCAUAAGCUUUCACUGGACGCGUACCUGCUGAAGCCUGUGCAGAGAAUCACCAAGUACCAGCUCCUGCUGAAGGAAAUGCUCAAGUGCAGUAAAAACUCAGCAGGCACAGCGGAGCUGGAGGAGGCCCUGGCAACGAUGCUCGACAUCGUUAAGUCGGUCAACGAUUCCAUGCACCAGAUCGCCAUCACAGGUUUUGAGGGGAACCUCUAUGAUCUGGGCAAGCUGCUGAUGCAGGGCUCUUUCAACGUGUGGACGGACCACAAAAAGGGUCACAGCAAGGUGAAGGACCUGGCCCGCUUCAAACCCAUGCAGCGGCACCUGUUCCUCUACAACAAGAUGCUGCUUUUCUGCAAGAAGCGGGAGGAGACCUCAGAAAGCCAUGAGAAAUCUCCCUCAUAUGGCUUUAAGCACUCGCUCAAGAUGAGUGCCGUUGGAAUCACUGAAAAUGUCAAAGGUGACAUCAAAAAGUUUGAGGUGUGGUACAAUGGCAGGGAGGAGGUCUACAUAAUCCAGGCAUCCUCCGUAGACGUGAAAAACAUGUGGGUGUCCGAGAUCAGGAAGGUUCUGACAGGACAGCUUGAGGCAUGCCGAGAGGCCAGUCAGCUGCAUCAGAGGAUCACGGAGAAUGUGCACCCGGCUUCCGCAAUGACGCCCGGCACGCGAAACAUGAGAAAAGCUGCCCUCAAGCAGUCCGAUUCCUCCAGCCCGGAGACAGGAUUCAGAAGUAGCAAUCCCCCUCCUACAAUGAGACAGAAGCGAGCUGAUGCUACUAGCAGCCAUAACGCAGAGCGGGCCGCACUGGCUAAAAAACGGUUCACAUUGCAGGGUCUGUCCAACCGCAGGUCUCUGCCCCAAGAACCUCAAGUUAAAGAGGUCGAUGUGACACGACGCUUCUCUUUAGCUUCCUCUAUCAGUGCCUCUGCUACUAGGCGCACAAAAGGUUCACUGUCUGGUAACCUUAAAUCCAAGAGACAUGAAAUUAAGAGUGAUCCCACACCACUGGGAUAUGAAGACACUUUAAAGGGGACAAUGGCAGCAGAAAGCAAGCGUAAUAGUGCUGUAGAUUCGAAUUCAAGGGUACCUAGAUCCACAUCUCAAACAGGGUGGAAUCAUAGGUGUUUACCCUCAAUGGACACUGAAGACUUUGAAACCAUUCUUUCUAGUGCUGAGGAACUUUCAAACUCCUCAGAGCCAGAGGAGGAAUCUCAUAAUAAAAAUGGGGAUCAUGAUCAGUUUCCAGUUCAACUGACGUAUGAUGAGAAAAGAGCGCCAGAUCUAUCUAUGGAGUCGGGAGAUUUAGAGCAUUUUCUAGAAGAAGCUGAAAAUGGGCAUUGAUAUCCUCAAUAAUGUAUUAACAUCAACGUUGACAUAGGAGAAUGCAUCCAGGGACUGGAAGAAAAAACAUUACGGACACAUUUAUACAUCUGCUUAUGACUGUAUUGUGGCAUGCACUUGGAGAUUAUAUGAGAUGCCUUCCAUUCUGACCUGCGGUGUGGAAGGUCAUUGUCGCGUGACCUCUCCUGAGGUUCUGCAUCAGGCCACGCUCUGAUCCGAGCUGCUGCAGUGCGAGUGAUUCCUCCAAACUCUGCUUGACCUCCUGCCGUGAUCAGAGCACACUAGGCUGCCGCAUCCCCUAGAAAACAACCAAUGAACCGAACUGGUGCUUUAUGCUUUCACAAGCAAUGUCGCCGUGCCUUUGCCACGCAAGCCCCCAGUUGAACUGCACUCAUCAACGUCAAACGGAAUAUACUGUAAUUAGACAGGAUGAAGGCAUUGUUAAAAGUGAAGAGAGCAGAUGUCUGUUCCAGCAGAACUGAUGCAUGGAGAGGCUCAACAUUGUUCUGAAACUGCUGUCACACUCUCUCCUAGUAGUGUGUUUCAAGGUUUCUAAGUCUUUGAACAUACAGAGGUUUGAACGUGUCUUUAAACAAUGAUUAUGGCACAUAAUAAAUAUUCAAUAAUCAAGAUACUGUAUUACAUUGAUAUGCAUAUAUUGUCUGAUAACAGUUAAGGAAUACAUGUUUUCAAGUUCAAUGUUCAAAGAAAUACUGUUCAUCCUGUGUUCAACAACAAAAAAAUCACUGGUUACCUUUUUAAGAGUGGGCAUUUACUUUAAAUGUACCUUGUCGUUUUGUAUGCUGUAUUUUAUAAUGAAUGUUCUCUUAAAAAAGAAAAGACAUUUUCCUUAAGGCAUGAUAAAGAUGAACACCACAGUAAGAAAUUACUAUACAUAUUAAAAAUCGCUGCAGGUAUACUUAUUAGCACAGAAUGCCAGAACACAGACAAAACAAUUACAGAAUUUGUUGCUCAAUCUUGCUCUUGUUCUGCAAACAAUGUUUCUGAGAUUUACUUUUGACAUUUUGGUGGAAGGUAAGUUUUCCUUAUCAUAACAAAUGACUGAUAGAUUAUAAUGCACACAUGAAAACAGUUACAUAAAUGAUUUUUUUGUGAACUUGAUUUCAAAUUCGUACUGAGGAAGAGUGCAGUCUACUUUGUUUCAUUAAAUCUUUUACCAGGUCUAUCAUUAUAAGUGUAAGUAAAAUUGCAAUGUACCUAAUAUCAGACCACUUGUGCCAAAAAUUUCCCAGUGGGCUGGAAAUAUGCUACCCCAAUUUAAUCAAUUGUUCCAUAUUUAAUUUAAUAACUGGCAUUCAUGUAUACCUACAAUUCCUUAGAAGGAUUUCAUACCCAUUCAGAUUUCAUACAACUAUUCUGGGAGUCAAAUUAAAUAUAUUACUGAAGUAAAAUUUUAAAAGCACAGGUCAAAGUAGACCCACCGUAUAUUCAGCCCUCCGUGAACUUUGUCUGACUGUUUAGACUGAUUUUUAACGAAAACUCAGUGAAAAAAACAUGUAAAUUAUUUUUUUUCUGUACAUUUUGAAACAUGCAAGGAAAUACACGUUUUAUUAAUA